AUGACACCUACAGCUACAACAGUUGAUAAAAAGAUAUCCGUUGCGUUCGUUUGCUUGGGUAAUAUGUAUGCAUCAAAGAAUUUUUCACGAUUAUUCAAGAUUUUUCAGUACUAACAUUUACAGUUGUCGUUCCCCAAUGGCAGAAGCCAUUUUUAAACAUAAGGUACACGAAUUAGGUUACUCCGAAUAUUUCAAAAUCAUUGAUUCUUAUGGGACCGGUGGCUACCAUAUAGGUGAUCCACCAGAUUCCAGAUCUGCUAAGACUUGCCGUAAGCAUGGUGUUCCAGUGGACCAUCUGGCGCAACAAAUAACAUCGAAGGACUUCAAGAAAUUUGAUUAUGUUAUAUGUAUGGACCAGUCGAAUCUUUCGGACUUGUUAUUCAUGAAGCCUAGAGAAUCUAAAGCAAGGGUUGCACUUUUCGGUGAAUGGAAGCUUGAUUCCAAGUUCAAUACUGUUGUUCAAGAUCCAUACUAUGGAGGCAUAAAUGGUUUUGAAACAAAUUUCCAACAAAUAUCCCACUUCAGCGAAGAGUUCUUGAAGCGUGAAAUAGGUGACUUAUGA